CUUAGCUAUCCAGGAGCUUUUGCCUCGGGCAGAACAAAGAUACUAUUUAAGGCACCUCUAUGCAAACUUUAGGAAAAGGUUUGGUGGGCAGGUAUUAAAAAAUCUGAUGUGGAGUGUUGCAACCACCACAUAUCCCCAGGCUUGGGAGAGAGAAAUGCUAAAAAUUAAAGAAGUCAAUGUUGAAGCAUAUAAAUACCUCAUAGUCAUUCCCCCAAGGUCUCGCUUCACAGCUCAACCAAUGUGUGAUACCCUUGAUAACAACAUCACUGAAGCUUUCAAUAGUGUCCUCAUUCAUGCAAGAGGAAAACCAAUUAUCACAAUGAUGGAAGAUAUCAGAGUGUAUCUCAUGAAAAGGUGGGCCACCAACAGAAGCAAGGUGGCAUCUAUGGACUUCACAAUAUGCCCAAAGAUAAAGAAGAGGCUUCAGAAAGAAUGUAAUUUGUCAAGAUUUUGGCUGCCAAGCUGGGCUGCACGAAAGAUUUUUGAGGUUAGGCACACUUCAUCUGUUGGGAACAAAUUCACAGUGGAUCUGGACACUAAAAAGUGUAGCUGCAGAAAGUGGAUGAUCAGUGGCAUCCCAUGUUGUCAUGCAAUUGCAGCAAUGAACUACUGUAAUGUUCAUCAAGACAAUUUUAUACCCACUUGCUUCAGAAGAUCCACAUAUGAAGAGGUGUAUGCGUCCAUAAUUUUUCCACUCAAUGGUCCCCAACUAUGGCAAUCCACAAAUUUCAAUGAUGUACUACCACCACUGAUAAGGAAGUUGCCUAGGAGGCCAAAGAAAAAAUGGAAGUUGGAGGCAUGGGAGUUAACUAAGGACGACACUCAAAUGCGUGUUGGAGGGCAUAGGAAAAACUGUAGCAUUUGCCGUCAGACAAAGCACAACAGGAAUAAUUGCCCUUUAUGGCCCCAACCAGCAGAAGCAACCCAGCCACCAGAAGCAACCUAGCCACCAAAAGCAACCCAACCAACACAAACAACCCAGUCACCAGAAACAACACAACCAACCCAGCCACCUCCAAGUUCCCAAUCAUCUCGUCCAACAAAAUUCAGAAUCAGAAGAAAACAUAGAUAGAUAGAUGAAUUGGUUUAUUAUGUAUUGUACUAUCUUUAUUUUGGUCACAGACAUGUAUUGUAUUUUUAGA